AUGACCAUGAGACUACUCCCGCUCCUCCUCCUCCUCGUCAUCUGCUCGUCGUGGGUCCUCCUCCAAUCUGCCGCCGACGCCAGGAGGACGCUGGCGGAGGCAGGGGCGGCGCGGCGGCCGCGGGUCCGGGCGGUGAGCCUCGGCGGCUGGCUCGUGACGGAGGGCUGGAUCAAGCCGUCGCUCUUCGAUGGCAUCCCCAACAGCGACCUCCUUGAUGGCACCCAGCUCCAGUUCAAGUCCGUGGCCCGGAACAGGUACCUCGCCGCCGACCAGGGCGGCGGCGCCGCCAUCGUCGCCGACCGGGAGCAGCCGUCCGGCUGGGAGACCUUCAAGCUAUGGAGGAUCAAUGAGACCACGUUCAACUUCCGCGUGUUCGGCAACCAGUUCGUGGGCGUCGACAGCGCCGGCAGAGUCGUCGCGACGGCCACCACGCCGGGGCCGUCGGAGACGUUCCAGCUCGUGCGCCGGGACGGCGACAAGAACCGGGUGCGCAUCAGGGCGCCAAACGGGCUCUUCUUGCAGGCAAAGACCAUGGAAUCGGUGACAGCCGACCACAGUGAAGACACAAACUGGGGUGACGAUGACCCAUCAGUUUUUGUGACAAACAGUGUUGCCCAUCUAGAAGGGGAGUAUCAGGUAUGCAAUGGCUAUGGCAUAAGAAAGGCGAGACAGGUGCUCAGGACUCACUGGCGCACAUUCAUAACCGAGAGCGACUUCAGUUUCAACGCAUCAAGCGGACUGACCGCGGUGAGAAUCCCAGUUGGGUGGUGGAUUGCCAGCGACCCGCACCCUCCUCGUCCUUUCGUCGGAGGAUCUCUCCAGGCCCUUGAUAAUGCAUUCCGCUGGGCAGAGAAAUACAACUUGGAUGUCAUUGUGGACCUGCACGCUGCACCGGGGGCCCAAAACCCCUACGAGCACAGCGCAACCAGAGACGGCUCGCAAGAGUGGGGCACCACGGAUGAAAACAUAGCCCAAACCGUGCAAGUCAUCGACUUCCUCGCGUCAAGGUACGCGAAGAGUCCCAGUCUCCUGGCGGUGUCGCUGCUCAACUCGCCGCUGCCGCCGGGCGCGACCCUGCCCAGCCUGACGAAGUACUACCGGGACGGCUACGACGCCGUGCGGCGGCACACGCGGACGGCGUACGUGGUCAUGCCGGCCAGGCUCUCCGCCGACGCGACCGAGCUCCUCCGGUUCGCCGGGCGCUUCACCCGCGCCGUCCUCGACGUGCACUACUACAACCUCUUCAGCGACGAGUUCGAUGGCCUCACCGCCGAUGAGAACAUCGACUUCGUGAGGAAGAACCGAUCCUCCGACCUCGCGGCCGUCACGAGGCGGAACGGCCGCCCUCUCACGUUCGUGGGGGAGUGGGUCGCCGAGUGGAACGUGCGAGGAGCGAGUAAAAGGGACUACCAGAGGUUCGCGCAGGUGCAGCAGGACGUCUACGGGCGAGCGACCUUUGGGUGGGCGUACUGGAUGCUCAAGAACGUGAACCACCAUUGGAGCAUGCAGUGGAUGAUCCAGAACGGGUACAUCACGCUGGACAGCUCGCGGAGCCGUGCAAUCGUUUCACCACUGGAUGGUGAGCAGAUGGAACCAGCAGCAGGAAGGCCGAAGCAGGAUGCUGUUCAAGUUAGCUGAGGGCCAAUGGUUUCAGCGGGUCCAGGUCUCGUCUGUUCGUCGUGUGUUUUCAGUCCGUGGCAAGUAGGGGUGUCUAAGUGGAGUCCUGUUAUCGAGUAUCCGAGUCCAAUAAGGGCCAUGAGUCAGUUCUGUGUGUGCUUCAGGGGCAGCCAUGGCGAUGCAAUCGGAGACUACGUU